AUGCCCAGCGUAGACGACAUCACCAACGGUGUCGAUGAGCUCGAUUUCAUCGACGAUGCCGACAUUGACUUUUCCGACAUUGAACAAAAGUACUCGGUCAAGUUCGACGAGGGUCUUGACGAUGUGAUCGUUAUCGAAGGUGUUCCUGUCAUCACCGAGUCGCGUCAGCAGAAGCUUUUCGAGACCAUUCAGAAGCGAUUCAAAACUCACGCCGGCAUCGACGUUGCCGUCGAGGGCAUGCACAUCCCUUACGCCGACAGUGGAGAAUCUAAGGGUUACCUUUUCGUCGAGAUGGCUUCCGCCGAGGAUGCCGCUCAGGCCAUCCGUCAGAUGGACGGCUACGCUUUCGACAAGAAGCACCGUUUCUCCGUCCACCGAUUCACCGACGUCGAAAAGUACGCCAACCUCUCAAAAGAGUACGUCGAGCCCGCUGAAGAGGAGUUCAAGCCUCGCGAGCACCUCCGCUCCUGGCUCGCAGACCCCGCCGGCCGUGACCAGCUUGUCAUUUGCCGUGGUGACGACGUCGAGAUUGCAUGGCACAACCGCGCUUCCGAUCCUCAGGUCGAACACAACCGUCCUCGCUGGACGGAAAGCUACGUUCAGUGGUCUCCUCUCGGCACUUUCCUCACCACCUUCCACCGCCAAGGUAUCCAGAUCUGGGGUGGCCCCUCAUGCGAGCGAUUCAUGCGAUUCCCUCAUCCAGGCGCCCGUCUCGUCGAUUUUUCCCCAAGCGAACGUUUCAUGGUCACUUGGUCUCACGAGCCUAUCCAGGUUCCCGACAACGCUCCCAUUGGUCCUCAGUUCUUCGGCCCUGAAGACGAGGGCAACCGCAUCGCCAUCUGGGAGGUCCGAACCGGUCAUCUCUUGCGUACCUUCCCCGUUCCUCAGGACGAGAGCGGUCAACCAGGCCAGCUGAAAGGCUUCUCUUGGCCUUUCCUCAAGUGGAGCCCCGAUGACAAGUACUGCGCUCGUCUCAACCCGGGCCAGGCUAUCAGCGUGUACGAGACCCCUUCUAUGGGUCUGCUCGAAAAGAAGUCGAUCAAGAUCGAGGGUGUCGUCGACUUUGAAUGGUGCCCCAUGGGCGACAAGGAUCGCGAGGCGGCUGAAUCCAGCAAACCCAACAAGAAGGUCCGAGACAACAUGAUCGUCUACUGGCAGCCCGAGGUGGCCAACCAGCCUGCACGUGUCACCGUCAUGGCCGUGCCCUCAAGAACCAUUCUCCGCUCCAAGAACCUCUUCAACGUUUCCGACUGCAAGCUUCACUGGCACCCUCAGGGUGACUACCUCUGUGUCAAGGUCGACCGUCACACCAAAACCAAGAAGUCCAUGUUCUGCAACCUCGAGAUCUUCCGCAUGCGAGAAAAGGAUCUACCCGUCGAGGUUGUCGAGCUCAAAGAUGCCGUCACCGCCUUUGCAUGGGAGCCACACGGAACCCAUUUUGCCCUCAUCUCGAGCAACGAUCCUCAGCUCGGUACACCGGCACCCGGUAUCACUAUCAAGACUCAGCUCAACUUCUUCCACCUCCACCCCAAGGGUGAUUUCCGCCUGCUCAAGGCAUUCGACAACAAGACCGUCAAUGCCCUCUUCUGGUCGCCCCGUGGCCGUCACAUCAUCGUUGUUACCCUCGGCAGCUCGCAAAAGUUCGACCUGGAAUGGUACGACGUCGACUUCAUGCACGAGGUUCGACAGGGCAACCCAUCCGCCGACCCUGCCGACGACGUCAAGCUCAUCGGCACUGGUGAGCACUACGGUAUCACUGACCUCGAGUGGGACCCAUCAGGCCGCUAUGUUGCCACCUCGGCAUCCGUUUGGCGCCAUUCGCUUGAGAACGGUUUCGCCAUCUGGGAUUUCAAGGGCCAGGAGUUGCAAAAGCACAUCCAGGACCGAUUCAAGCAGAUCUUGUGGCGUCCUCGCCCACGCACGUUGCUCUCCAAGGAGGACCAGAAGAAGGUGCGCAAGAACUUGCGCGAGUACUCCAAGCAGUUCGAGGAGGCUGAUGCUGCCGAGGAGUCCAAUCUCGCUUCAGCAGAGCGCGAGCUGUACCAGCGUAUUUUGGAAGAAUGGAAGGCAUGGCGCGCACGAGCUCGCCAAGACUUGGAAGAGCUGCGUGCCGAACUCGGGCGCGAGGCUGUGGGACAAAGCGUCGAUCACGCCAAGAACCUUGCCGAGGAAGCCACCGAGGAGGUGCAGGAGUGGAUGGAGGAGAUCAUCGAGGAAACCGAAGAGCUGCUCAACUGA